AGCACGCACCCGGUUUCUGCAGGAAUGGCCCUGGUGCCUGCUUCUCAUCCGCAAGUCGCAGUGACGCUGGUUCUGCUCCUGUCCGUGCUCGGUCUGGCUGCUGGUGGGAAACUGCUGGUGGUGCCCGUAGAUGGGAGUCAUUGGCUCAGCAUGCGGGAAGUGUUGGACAGCCUCAAGGAGAAAGGGCACGAAAUAGUCGUCGUUGCACCAGAAGUCAAUUUACACAUAAAGCCAACAAAGAGUUUUGUCAUGAAAAUGUACCCAGUCCCUUUCACGCAGGAAGAGCUGGAUAGAGAUUUCCAUGCAUUUACACAGGAUACAUUUGAAGAAGGAUCCUUCCUGGAAAGAUUUGUUAGAAUUUAUCAACGGUUUGAAAAAACCUCUGCCUUGUUCCUGUCUACCUGUGAACACUUACUGUACAACAAAGAACUUAUGAGAUAUCUUGAGGAGAGUAAGUUUGAUGUUGUCUUUACGGACCCUGUAAUACCUUGCGGGCAGAUACUGGCUGAGCAUCUUUCAGUCCCUUCUGUCUAUUUUUUGCGAGGAAUUCCAUGUGGCUUAGAUUUUGAAGCCACUCAGUGUCCCAAUCCCCCUUCUUAUGUCCCCAGGGUGUUUACAGAAUACACAGAUCAUAUGAACUUCCUCCAGCGUGUGAAGAAUCUACUCUUUGAAAUCCCCAAUCUUUUUCUCUGCAAUUUUUUUUUUCAACCGUAUUCCAAACUGGCUUCUGAGUUCCUUCAGCGAGAUGUGACUGUGUUAGAUCUCUUGAGCAAGGCUUCUAUAUGGCUUCUGAGGUUAGACUUUGUGUUAGAUUAUCCAAGACCGCUGAUGCCCAACAUAGUUUUAAUUGGCGGAGUGAAUUGUGCUCACAAGGAGCUACCUCAGAGCUGCUAG